AUGAACGCCACAGUGUUUGAAAAAUGGUUCAUUAAUAUGUUAGGUGGUAAUUUGGAGAAACCGUGUAUUAUAGACAUGGACAAUGUCUCGCAUCAUACAAUAUUAGCUGAAGACUAUCCUCAGACUAAUACUAGAAAGGCAAAGUUCAAAAAUGGCUACAAGAAAAAUCAAUACCAUUUACUCCGGAAAAAACAUUGUGCGAACUACAGGAAAAAGUGA